AUGAGCUCUAGCGAAUCCCGAGCGGGGGAUCCUGAUUCUUCCGAGAUAGUAGCUGAUAUUGCUCUUAGUGCUCUGACCAAAGACCUUGAUUCGAUGUUCACAGCUAGCGAGGACAAUUUUCAAAGAGAAAAGGACAAUCAAGAUCAUUCUCAACUCAAUUUGCAAAAGACUGAACUCUCAGUUGAAAGUAAUGAUGGCAAUUUCAAUGAGCAGAGUAACAAUGAACCUACUGGAUUAGUGACAUCGCAAUUGAGUGAGAAGGUAGGAGUCGAAGACUCGCAAACAUUAUCAACUUCCAAAGCCAAUCUGAAAAAUGAUAUCGAAAAGGAGGCUGGUGUCGAUGUAUCGAUCAAUGACAACUCUAGCUCAGAGACUACCCUCAAGCCUGAGCAAACAAUCAAGCGGGAAUCAGCCGUGACUGAGACUGGCGAAGCAUCUGGCCAACAAAAUAAAGAGCUACGAUCAAUUCAACCAACAGAAUCUGUUGAUAGUUCUGAUGAUUCUGAUGAGGAGGAGGAGGAGGAUGAUCCGCCUAUUCUUAUGUAUUCUCGGCUCAACCAAUUACCUCCAAACCUCUUUAAAAGCGAUGCUGUUUCUACUGCAACUUUUCAUGAAAAUGUUUUUAUUUUUGGAACACACUCAGGGUCUAUUCACCUCUGUAACCCCGACUUUUCUGCAAUUCGUACAUUCAAGGCUCAUAGAGCGUCUGUCCUCUCAUUAUACACUGACGGGAUUUUCUUCUCGAGCGGAUCAAUGGAUGGCACUAUCGUCAUUGGUGCUGUGAAUGAUGCCCGAGAUAUCGUUAUGUUUGACUACAAGCGGCCCAUACACGCUGUGGUUUUGGACAGAAAUUACCAACGCACUCGCAGCUUUGUAUGCGGUGGCAUGAGCGGCAAAGUCAUCUAUUCCUCUAAAAACUGGCUUGAUCAGCGGGUAGAUGUAAAUCUUGAUGAGGGUCAUGGCCCAAUAAUUUGUAUCCAAGCUAUCGAUGACUUAAUUCUUUGGAUGAACGAUCAAGGAAUUACUGUUUACCAUGUUCCAGCUCGUCAAGUUAUCUCUGUCAUCGAGAAACCUUCUGACUCAUUCCGGAGUGAUUUGUAUUGGCCCAGAGUUUCGUUUCCCGAAACGGAUAGGGUCCUCAUUGCGUGGGGUAAUUAUAUCUGGUCGCUUAGGGUAUCUGUCAAAGGCCCUUUAUCAGGCAACGCUGGCGCUGGCUCGUCAGUAAAAAGCAGACUUCUCCCAAGUGCUGCGUCUUUGUCUUUUAGAACAUCCGUCCCUGAAAAAAAUGUGGUAGUUGAACAUGUGUACAAGGUUGACUUUCUCAUUUCCGGAAUUGCCACUUUUGCUGACGACCAAUGGAUUGUAUUGGCAUACAAUCCCCCUCAAAAAGACGAAAAGACUGGAAAUGUGCAGCCUCUCAAUCCUGACCUAAGACUUUUGAGAGCUUUGGAUGGAGUGACUAUACAUGACGAGGAAAUCGGCUUUGACUCCGCUGAGAGUCUUGGUCUCAAUGAUUAUUUCCUUGGUUACCACAUUGGCGCGUCCUCUACGCGCUAUUUUAUUGUCAGUGCCCGGGGAGGUGUUGUUGCUCAACAAAUCCAGCUUGGAGACAGACUUCAGUGGUAUUUGGAUAGAGAUCUUUAUUAUAAGGCUUGGAGCAUGAGCAAAUAUUUAGUUAAACCGAUUGAACGGCUCAAUUAUGGUGUCGAACACUUGGAUCAAUUGGUCAAACUCGAUAAGUGGGAAGAAGCAGCUUCAUGGAUGGCAGAGUUGCUCUACCUCGAUUCAAAAGAAUUCCCUAUUGGUGACACAAAGAGCACAUUGGGAACCAGAGUUUCCUCGGCUCUGCAGCUGGAAGAAAAUGAACAGAUCGUGAAGGAGAUUGGCAAUCAAUGGAAUCAAUGGUGUGAGAUUUUUAUCAAAUCUGGGCACGAGAAAGAGUUGACAAAAGUCAUACCUAAAGAUUCUCGAUGGAGUUUACAAAAGUCUUUUUAUUCAAGUGUUCUACAAUACUGGCUCUCGUGUUUAAGUGAAACUGAACUCGCUUAUGAUUUACUCAAAGAAUGGGAUAUCGAACUUUAUGACGUUGACACAGUCACGAGCACAAUUGAACUGAUUCUUGAGCUGCAUCCUGACAAUUUGGUUCUCCGAAAGAUCCUCUGUGACAUUUAUGAAAAUUCUUUGAGCCCGGCGAAGGUUGUGCCGCAUCUAUGCUUCUUGCGAGAUCCCCUGAUCAUACAAUUCCUCGAUCAAAACCACAUUUUGACCUCAUUCAUUACCAGCAUUCCGAACUUCAUUAAACUUCGCUUUAAGAAAGACGAUGAUAUCCAACGCUUAUCUGUGAAUCAGAUAAGAAAUGUUUUGAAAGAUAUAAUUGCAAUAUUAGUGCAGAAGCGAUUCGAGAUUGUUCCCCAAAGGGUUGUUGAGCUCAUGGCGACAAAUCAUGUUGAAGUUGUCAGUUACCUAUAUCUAGAGCAGUUAGCUGCCAUUGAUGACUUGCUCGUUCGAGAUCUAGAAGAUGUUCGCAUCGAGCUAUACUGCCAAUUUGACCGACCAAAACUUCUUCCAUUCUUGACUAAUCACAAAAGAUUCAAUAUUGCAAAGGCGAUUGAACUCUGCGAAGUCUCUGCACUUGUUGACGAACUAAUUUAUCUCUUGGGUCAAACGGGGGAGAACAAAAAAGCCCUUAAAUUGAUAAUGGAAGAAUUAGAUGAUCCGCAGAGGGCCAUAAAAUUUGCCAAGGCGCAGAAUGAUCAAGAUACAUGGAACAUUCUCCUUGACUUCUCAUACUCAAGACCUACAUACAUCAAGGCUUUGAUCGAGCUAUGCGACGACCAGUCAAGCAGGUUUUACAAUCCCAUCACAAUUUUGCAAAACAUGAGCACUGAAGUGGAUAUCGAUGGUUUGAAAGAAUCUUUCACUAGAGUUGCACUUGAUAAUGAUCUUAAUGUCGUUGUGAAUCAGUUGGUGUUGAGAAUUGUGUACAAAAGAUCAGAAGAGCUCAGUCAGCAAUUGAACAGCGACAUGCUUCGUGGAAUGCAAUUUGCUUCGGACAGUCCAGAACUAAAAAAGAUUUCUGACUUGUUCGAGACUUUUGUUAUCACACUGACUGGCAGAAACUCGCUACCCGUCAUUGGCUUGGUGAGCAGUGUUGUGCAAAACGAUAAAUUUGCGUAUAGGCUGUCAACGGAUUUGGCUUCUAAAUUGAAGCAUAUCAAGUUCUUGAAUGAGAUGCAUGAAUGCAUCGAGGUCACUGAAAACAUUUCGGCGCAGUAA